UUUUGAUGAAAAAGAAAAAGAUGAGACUUGAUCAUCACUGCUGAGGACCAGGAGCCGUUUUCCAGUAAUUCACCCUUCUGUGAAAAACAUCUGAACACCAACGAGGCAUCUAAGCUGCUCUGUCACAUGGACAUUGACACUGAACAGCUGUUGCGUUCACCACCUCGUCUCAGAAAAGAAACCGGACCGUUCAGGAGCUACACGACGAUGCUGAGAAACUUGUUUGCAUCAAAAGCACCUCGUACUUAGCAACUGAUGAGGAUGAGAGAUGGUGUGAUGACCUACCUGUAUUUGACAAGUGUGUUUUUCACCUCGUUGGAGAGCGGAGCACAGAGGGAAAAAAGUCAGCGAGAGGGAACAGGGGAGGGGAAGAGCGAGCCAGCGAGGGAAGGUGUGAAGCCAACGCUGUGAAACAGAGAGCGAGAGAAGACGAACACAGAGAGAAGAAACUGAGACAACUCUGUCAGACUGAAGAAGGAGUAAAAGAAAAAAAAAAACGGCGGUUCAAAGAGCUGGCCAAACGCCCAUUAAACGCUGGAGGAUCGUGUUUUGUCAGAGACAUACAGGGGAAACUCUUAAUGGAGCCACAGACGGUCAUCUCUCUCUGACCUGUCAGCAGUAACACAGACAGAUAACAACAUGGAUGCACCUUCCCCAAACAGCACCAACACAUCACGCGUGGCUCCCUUCAACGUCUGGGAGGUUAUAACCAUCGCUACGGUGUCGGCCAUCGUCAGCUUGAUAACUAUUGUUGGUAACGUGCUGGUGUUGCUGUCCUUCAAGGUCAACAGCCAGCUCAAGACUGUAAACAACUACUACCUACUGAGUCUGGCGUUCGCUGACCUCAUCAUAGGAGUGUUGUCCAUGAACUUGUACACCACAUAUAUCCUGAUGGGCUACUGGUCCUUGGGAAACCUCGCAUGUGAUCUCUGGCUAGCAGUGGAUUAUGUAGCCAGCAAUGCUUCGGUUAUGAACUUGCUCGUCAUCAGCUUCGACAGGUACUUCUCCAUCACAAGGCCGCUGACUUACAGGGCUAAAAGGACUCCGAAGAGAGCAGCCAUCAUGAUCGGCCUCGCGUGGCUUGUGUCUUUUGUCCUCUGGGCGCCUCCCAUUCUGUGCUGGCAGUACUUCGUAGGAAAGAGAAACGUGCAACCUGACCAGUGCCAGAUCCAGUUUUUACAAGAGCCUGUGAUCACAUUUGGGACGGCCAUUGCGGCGUUCUACAUCCCCGUCUCUGUUAUGACCAUCCUUUACUGUCGGAUCUACAAGGAGACGCAGAGGCGGACCAAAGAUCUGGCAGAGCUGCAAGGGCUCAAGACUGAAAGUGUUCUGGAGGGGACUAAACCGCAGAAAACUCUCAUUCGCUCUUGCUUUCAUUUCACCAGAGAGAGGAGGGACCGGAGUCAGGCCUCCUGGUCCUCAUCUAACCAAAGUAACGCCACCAAAAUGACCACUAGAUCAGACGACGCGUGGGCCAAAGCAGAUCAGAUCACCUCCUUUAACAGCUACUCUUCAUCUGAAGAGGAGGAGCAGCAUGUUUCAAUAGAAACCCCGCAGGGAUCUUUCAAAGAGCAAGGUAGUGGACAAAGUAAUAAGAACGGACAGGUGGGUGAUUAUACAGAAGAUCUGUAUUUCUCCACUCCUCAGAAGAAGAGCAGUAAAAAACGCCUCUCUUAUAAAUUCAGACCCGGCUCUAGCUCGAAGGGUAAAAACGGCAAACCUGUAAUCGCCACGCCCCCCCUGCCUAAAGAAGAACCACCCACCAAAAACGCCUCCCCGUCCUCCUCCACCACCUCCAAACCCAUCGACCCCGUCCUGAAGAACCAGAUCACCAAGAGGAAGAGGAUGGUGCUGGUGAAGGAGAAGAAGGCUGCCCAGACUCUCAGUGCCAUCCUCCUGGCCUUCAUCCUCACGUGGACGCCGUACAACAUCAUGGUGCUCAUCUCCACCUUCUGCGCCGACUGCAUCCCCACGUCGCUGUGGCACCUGGGCUACUGGCUGUGCUACGUCAACAGCACCAUCAACCCCAUGUGCUACGCCCUCUGCAACAAGACCUUCCAGAAGACCUUCCGCAUGCUGCUGCUCUGCCAGUGGAGGAAGAGGAGGAGAGGCGAGGACAAGCUGUACUGGUGUGGACAAAACCCAAACGUCAACAACAAAAUGACUUGAUGUGGCAAAACUGCAAUAUUAGAGCAGACUUCUUGCCCACAUGUGGAUUUUCUUGAUAUAUACUGUAGUCAGUGGUCAUCUUCAGCAUGAAGUGCUGCAUGUGAUUCUUGUGUUUUUGGUGGAAAAUGAGCCUGAUGCAGCACUUAAAUUGUUGCUCCACAUUAUUACAGAAAAGAAACCUUGUGAAGGCGGUGACACAUUCUUAGAAAGGUUAAAAAAUGGGUUCAGAUUAUUAUAGAAGUGUAUCUUAAAGGGGAACUCCACCGAUUGUAUACAUCAACGUUUGUUUACAGGUGUUUGGGAGUACUACUACAAGUAAAAAAAGUUGUAUCAAGCUUUUUGUGGCUCCAGAGGGAGCUGAACAGUCUGAUAAAUUGCCUCAAGUGAUGUCACUUGAGGCAUUGUCAGUUGAGACUGAAGACUACAAGCAAAGAGAUGAAACUCCGGUGUUUUUUUGACAACAGCCGCUGACGCAAUUUUGGACUGAAAACGCAUAUUAUAUUUAUAAUGUUUCUAUUGUUCAACACAGGCCAUUUCGGUUUUACUUUUGUACGGCACUUUGUAGGCGGACGUUUUACUAGCGUCCAGUAGUCGCUUUCAGUCCAAAAUGGUGGAAGAGUAGCUUCGCUGCUGGGAGCUGAUGUUGCAAAGGAACGAUCAAUUGAGUUUCACUUCUUUGUUACACGUUUGAAAAUGAAAAAAAAUCUGUAAGAAGUGAGCUUACUAGACCUCUGUAGCUCCUCAUCUCUGCUUGAGGAUAGCAGUUAAGCCAGCUACAUUAGCGACUACUUGCAUAACACACCCAAAUCUCCGACCAAACUGUCGCAGUCGAGUUGCAUUGUGGGUAAUGUAGGCGCCAGGUUUUGACAAAGAAGAAGCGGAAUAAAAAUAAAAAUGAUAUCUCAUUCUGCUGCAUCCAUUUUGAAACUGUCCAUCAUAAUGUAAUAGGAGUGCGAUGCUAAAUCGGUGGAGUGCUCCUUUAAAACAACACUCACAUGCCGAUAUGUACACUGAAAGAGUUAUUUGUCGCUGUAAUCAUUCCUCCUCUCCAUACUGGAGGUAAAGUGAUCUCUUUCUACUCUAACAUGACUCCAAGGUGUUUUGUUUUAACCAGGUAAUUGAACAUUCUUGUGGAUAAAUCAUAUCAGAAACACAUCAUUAUUUAAUGCCAUUUUGGUUAUGAAGGGAUCUUCAUAAUUGAUUUGAUUCUGAUUUACAUAUCAGCCAACGCUAAUAUGAUGAUUUCAGCUGUAUAGAGAAUAACAUAAAUAUUUUCUAUUUUUACUAUCUGUUUUAAUUAUCUAAACAGUAUCCAUCCACUGUUUUAUUGUUUUACAACACUGUAUCAAAGUCGUUUUUUGUGUUUUGACACUCAACAUCAGUAGAAUUUAUACCCUUUAAUGUCAAAGUGAGACCAGAUCUCUACAAAGUUAUUGAAAUUAAUUACAGAUGUAAAAUAAAAUCCCAAGAACGGUGAAUACUUUUUAUAAGCACUGUAUUCUUUGAGCCAGUUAUACUGUUAAAACAGUCCCUUUUCUGUAUUUCCAGACUGUCCAUUGUCAGCAGUGUUUGCUUUUGCUUUACAUCCUCAAGUUGUUUUUCGAGUUUGACAGUCGGGAAUCUGUAUAUUUAACACUGAUGACAGGUAAUCAAUUAUAUCCUUCAAGAAUGUCUUCACGAGGUGAGCCUGAGGGCAAACGUGGAAAGGAAGAAUGAUUACAGGGACUAUUAACAUACUUUUAACGUACAUGCUGUAUGAGCAUUUGGGUCCUUUAAACCUCAUAUAAUCCUCCAUUAUUCUAUUGCUCACUUGCACUGUAAAUAAAAGACAUAUUGUAGGCUUUCACAUUUCAAAGUAAUUUAUAGUAUAAAGAAUAUAUUUCACUGAUUUUACACCUCUCAAAUGGUAAAUGUAAAUUGCUUAGUUGUAUAUCAGUGUUUAGUGAAUGUUUUUUGGCUCUUGCAAUCGCUAUUUGAUCUUGUGUUCAAGGGCUAAUCUGUCUGUGCAUUUACAGCUGCAUUAGUUUCACAGUGGUAACAUGACAUAUGAGAUUGUUUAUGGAUCACACUUUUAUUCCUGUCAAUGUUCAUAUUACUGUAAAAAAAGAAGAAAAAAAAAAAUCCCACAUGGUAUUUAAACAUGAUGAAGCCUGACUGCCACCACGUCUCUCUAAUGGAUGAGUGAUGCUGUUGUAAAUUAUUGCACUUCUGUGUCUUUUAAUGCUGUAAUGUCAACUGUUCUCUCCCUGAACUCUGUGCCUUUUGUUCUGCUCAGAGGCAAAAGAGCUCUGUGAAUGAAUCUGUGCUCUGUUGUCCGUCUGUGCAGUUUUGUGAAGUUGAGUCUGUGUGUACUGAUAUGAACAGAGAAAUACAAACUCAAAGGCUUCGUCAGCAUGAACGUCUUCAACAUCAAACGUGUGGAAUCUGAUGUGAUUCGGUUUGUAUUUGUAAAUUACUUCUUUUUUUUUUGAGAAAUGAUGCUAAUAAUUACCCGCUCCAACAGUUGAGUAAUAAAACUAACGUGCCAUGGAUAACAUGUA